CGUCUCGCUUCCAUCACCGGCAUCGCGCUUGAGCUUGAAUAAUUGAAUGUCGACGCAGUUGGCUCCUUCUACUUCAGCUACCACGACGCCGCGUUGGGACAGUCGGAACACAAGCUUUAUUUCUCCUACUCGUCUGCAGGAACUCCGUGCCAAUACCCCUCGCCAUCACUUUACUUCAUCGCCCCAACAACAGCCGAUUCAAUCUUCUCAGCCCACUUCGCCGCUAUCCGCCCCGCCGAUGGAUGCUGCUCAGCGCCCAUCUCCACAGGGCCACGGUCGUGCUUCCUCUUUUUUUGCUUCAUUUCGCAAGCAACAGCAGCAACACCCCGACCCCCAGCAGAAUGGCCUACAGGUCCAGCGCAGUCCUUCCUUACUUUCACGAACAAAUUCUAAUAAUCCCAUCGGACCACCACCACCAUCUCAACACCCGGAAACCGCAGCUUCAGGCGCCCAGCGACCCGCAAUUGCUCGCCCACCUACAGUGACACAGACUAAUCCUAGCUGGUUAUCAGAACAUCCCGAAAUUCGCUCCGUUGUCGGCCUGACCAUCGCACAUGCUCAUAAAAUCUACUUCUCUGGUCCUCUCAUUCGUAAAAUUGAGCGUGGCGCCGACGGACAGCGACCUACUAAAGAUGAAGGAUGGGUCGACGUCUGGGCGCAGCUAGGCGGCACGACUCUCAGUGUAUGGGACAUGAAGCAGAUCAAAGAGGCCAGUCAGCAGGGAAAAGAGGUGCCACCUGCCUAUGUAAAUACUACCGACGCUUUUGUCACCGUUUUGGGCUCCAUUACGGUUCCUGCCACUUCUUCUCAACCCGCGCAACGCUACGCAAAUGUUCUCACUCUUAACACCGCAGGUUCAAACUUGCUAUUAUUUUCAUGUCCUUCACCAGAAGCACUCAUUUCAUGGGCUGCUGCCCUUCGUCUCUCCGCUUGGGAGAAAUCCCGUCUUGAAGAAAUAUACACUGCGCACUUGAUCAGAAUAUUCCUCAAAGCGCCCGAUAUGCCGUCAAUGCUCAAUCGCGGCCGCAUGGAAGGCUGGGCGCGGAUCCGUAUAUCUGGCCAGACCGACUGGAAACGUGUAUGGAUGGUCGUCAGCGCAGCGACCGAGGGCGAGCGUAACAGUAGCGAAGGCAAUGGUCCAGGAUCUCCGCCGUCAGUUGGAGUGGGGAGCAAGAAGAAGCGAAUGUCCAAUUUAUUCGCCCGUGAAGCCAGUCCUCAACGUUCAGGCCCAUCCAAAGCCAGCUUUACCAUGUUCGCAUCUCAGAAGGUCAAGGACAAAAGGAAGGCCCUUUUGACCAUGACUGAUAUUACCCAAGCCUUUGCCGUUUAUCCAGAGAGGCCUGAGCUGAUUAGCAGGAGCACUCUGAUUAAAGUCGAAGGCCACAUUGGUGUUGAGGAUACGGCUGGUGGAAUGCGGAAUCGUGAGGGCUGGGUUCUCGUAAUGCCAGAGCUGGAACCUGAAAUGAGCCAGGCCACUGAGAUGUUGAAAUGGGUUGAAGCCUUCCAUGACGCAUUUAUGCUAUAUGGACGUCCACAAUCAUGGGUAUGGGACCCUCGAAACCCCAUAUCUUUGAUGUUUGCCUAUCCUGUUGGACCACAGAAAGACCUUCUCUUCCUUGACAGGGAACUGGCCGAGACGCUGGACCCUCGAGAUGACGGAACUUCUAUCGUUCGGUCCCGACUUCUCGGUAUUCUCCAUGAUCGCAUGCGGGGCAUGGAGCCACCGGCGCCUCAAAAUCAUGCCCAAACGUCGUCUUUGCCCCCUACUGGUUCUGUCAAUGUUCCACAGCAGACCCGAACAUUCUUAUCUGGACCUCAGUUGCCACCAUUGAGCUUCGACAGCACACAAAGUCAACCUCAAGAACGGCAUCUUCUCACUCCCAUUACAGAGCAAAGCAGUAUUUACACUCAUGGUCGAUCGAUGUCUGUUGACGGGCAGAGCGUCUUAGGACGGCGGCAGUCAGCAAACGUGACCACUGCGACGCAGUCCCCUGUGCCUGAAGAAUCAGCUUUUCAGCCUCCUGAAGCUACGCCACACUCUCUCAGUUCAUUACCAAAGAGUCCGGUACAACCAUUAGUACCUCUACCCGAGAAGGAUAACAUGACCAGCACGAUGUCUAGUCAAGGACAAAGCCGUCCAAGCCUUGAAAUCCAGCACGCACCCAUCUCUAGUAAAAGGACAUCCUUGGAAGCGCCUUCGCUCCGAGUGCCAACUUCACCAAGGGUGCAAUCGCCUGUUUCAUCGAAACCGCAUCCAAGUUCUCAACCCGUUCCAUCUCCGACCACAUCUCCAGCUCUUGGAUUGCAUGAGAACCCACGUUCAUAUUCUCCUUCAUCGGUACUGACUUCGCCCUACUCUGUUGCCACUCAUUCGGCGUUAGGUGCAUCUGUGAUAACAUCUCCAUCUGCUUUAACGUCACCUUACUCCUUGGAAGCGGUGCCUGUUUCUCCUUCAUCACCAACUAUUGCAAGGCGAUCUCUUCAUCCAUCCCAUCUACCACCAAUACCUCAAGGAACUCCCCCGGGAGCAGCAGAAGACAGCAUUGGCGGUGAGGCGGGGGCGUUAUACUUCAUGCAGUUUGACAAUAAGGGACCAUCUCCAGCUGCAUCCCCACGUCUAGUAUCUCCACUUACAGAAAAUGAGAAAGACGAAGAUUCGUCGUUGAAUGAAUCAGAACUCAAGCCCACGAGCGCCACAAGUCGUGUGUCGAGUCCGGCUACAAGCAUGCGGUCACCACAUCUAACAGGCACACCCAAGGUUUUUGCGGACCAACCGGCGUCACCCCCGAGAGAUCGGAUGAGCCCGAUUUCGCGGCAGGCUCUCGGGCGUAAGCCAUCAGGAGCACGUGCUCAGACUAAAAAGGCGCAACGCGUCUCUUCACCGUCACCACCGCCCGUCCUCGAAGAAGAUACUCAGAGCGAAGACAGCAUGGAUCCAGAAAUUCGUAGGCGAGCGUCAGCCGAUAUUGGGCCCGUUGAUGAGGGAAACCUUGAUGCGCUGGCAGCCUUGUCCUAUCUCGACGAUGAUCAACCACCGCCGCCUUCUCACACGAUGAAAGGACACGUGGGGCCACUUCGACCUGGCCAUGGAGAGCAACCACUCCCGUCGCCGACAGCGCCUGGAGAACCGGGAGCACCCUAUAAGUCCUCUUUUGCGCCAUCCAAGUCGGCGACAGAGCGGAAGGCGAAGGUUCAAGCGCAACAAGCAGCGCAGCAAGCGGCUGCCCACCGUCCCGGACGAGCUAAUGGUCGAAAGAAGCCGAAGGAUAAUGACGCGUGGAUUGAGAGCAGCGAGGAGGACGAGGAGGAAGAAGAGGAGGAGGAGGAAGAGGAGGAUGUCGAUUCUGACGAGGAGCCUGCGACGAAACCGCCUUCAGCCCCUGCCUCCACCAGCACCCACACCGCCAAACCACCGUCUGAUCAUGGACCUGAACAGUCCCAGUACACUCAUUUGCGGCCGCCCAGGACGCUGCCUCAAAUUCCAGGAAGCCGACCUAAAUCCGCCGAACCUGAAGAGCUCCCUCAACGUCGCAGUGCUCCUGACCAGCAACAUUCCGAAACUGCUAGGCGCACUCAAUACGACGAAGGCACGCAGAUCCGCUCUCAAGCCGAUUAUCUACAAGUCGCCCCUGCUCGUCAGUCAGUGUGGAGUCAAGUUCUGGAUCCUGGACGUCCUGCUGUUCUCUCCCAGGACCGUGAUACAUUUGUGCAACUGGAGCCCCCUUCGCAAACCAUGACGAAAGCUUUCACACCGCAAGGUUUGCUUUCGGCGGGUAUUCAAGACAAACAGGAUCGAUCUGCGAAACGUCAAGAAGAACUUGCACGCGAAAAUGGUGCCUCGCUCAUCAAUGUUCCCAACAAGCCUCCGCCACCACAGACUGGUCUACUGGGCGCUAUCACUGCUCAUGAACGAGAACGAAAGCGCGAAGGCGGCGUUGGAGCUGCAUUGACUGAACGUGAGCGGGAAAAGCGUAUGGUAGAGGAGAGGCAACGCAAAUUCGACGAGCAGCAGCGUCAACAGAUGGAGAUGGGUUCGAUAUAUGGUGGACAAUUCAACGGGUUCAAUCCGAUGAUGAAUCCGAUGAUGAUGGGCAUGAUGGGCAUGAACCCGAUGAUGACAGGGCAGGGGAUGAACCCAAUGAUGACCGGUCAAGCCAUGAAUCCGAUGAUGACUGGCCAGGGUAUGAAUCCGAUGAUGACUGGCCAGGGCAUGAACCCGAUGAUGGCCGCUCAGGGUAUGAAUCCAAUGAUGUCCGGUUUUCCUGGGAUGAUGCCCGGUUAUAAUCCUCAGCAGAUGUUUGCUGCACAACAGGCUGCUCAGGCAUACCAACAAGCUAUGAUGGCGUUCUCCGUUGCUGGGUCGCAAGUUGGAGGUGAUGGUGGUGUAGGAGUUCCCCAGCAGCUGCUCAAUCCCAUGAUGACGGGUGGAUUCGAUCCUCGCAUGUCGAUGAUGGGUAUGCCGAUGAUGGGGGCACAGGUGCCGUCGUUGGGUAUGCAGGUGACAGGCAUGUCAAGCUUCGAUCCGCGAUUCACGCCGAACAACGGUCUUCAAGACCUAAAUCUCCAGCCACCUAGCGCGCUUUCUGGUUCACCAAAACAGUACGCUUCGAACGCAAGCUCACCUGUUGGCCGUGGAUCUCCACUUGCCAGGACUGUUGAUCCUCCUUCCAAUCUUGAACUACCUCGCAAUUCUUCUCGUCCGACCAGUCCAAAACCUUGAUUUCGUUCUCGCCGUACACUACUUACGAUUUUUAUGACUCUCACUUACUCUACAUCUUUAUACCAUCCUCAUGCACAGCAGUUACCUUGUCCCGCGAGAUAUUAGUUGUUAGCUGAUUACUCCUCCGUUCGUUUUAUGCAUUCAGUAUCACGAAAUACAUUUUGGACUUCGAAGGUAUAUCAGGAAUAGAACGGACUUGAAUUUCCUCUU